AACGUGUUUUUGUUUGUACGAUCUGACAACAACCUGAUGAGUGUCGCUCAUUUCGUCGACGAACACUGCGCAGGAACUUGACAGCAGCAACUUUCAACAUCAUUUGCUGCUUGCACUUUGCAAAGCCUGUUUCUCGUCGGUCAUUCCGCCCUUGAGUACCUUCUGAUAUUGGCUGUGGAUUUGAGUGGGCUCGGUUUGAAUCAAAUUUUACAUAAGAACUCUCAAUUACGAAGGAGAAACUCGUGCUGCAACAGACGAUCAGAACAGUGUCGUGUAAAGAGGUUAUAGAGGUGUGAGGAUGGCAUAAACAAUUUUUGGGUUUCAUCGCUAUUCUCAGUGCUCUGAAAAUAGUGACGCUGUAUUAUUCUUGCUGAGCUCCGCCUACAUCGAUCGCUCCGUUGCUGAUUCUCUAGGAUGACAAAUCUCUUUGAAGACCAGAGCUUGAAGCUCAACACCGGGGCGCUGAUGCCAGCAAUUGCUUUGGGCAUGUCAGCGAGAGAAGAAACUCCGGAGGAAGUCAAGGCUUACUUCCGGAAGGCUCUUGAGAUUGGGUACAGACAUUUUGACACUGCCUCUGCGUAUAAAACUGAGCCCAUGAUGGGCGAGGUUCUAGAGGAUGUCCUAAACUCUGGCACAAUCAAACGAGAAGAGUUUUUCAUCACAACAAAGCUAAGUCCUGAACAAACUCACGCAGAUGACGUGAUUCCUUCUCUCCGAGAAAGCCUUAGUAAUUUGCGGAUAGAGUAUGUGGAUCUGUACCUCAUCCACUUUCCAAUAAGGAUCAAGCCUGGAAUGAAACCUUCUGGGGCAAGAGCAACAAUCCCGGAAGAUGCGUUUUUGCCCCUUGAUCUGGUCGGUGUAUGGAAGGAGCUGGAGCAGUGCGUGGAACUGGGAUUGACCAGGGCGAUCGGAGUCAGCAAUUUUGGUUCCAAUUUGCUUGGGGUGAUAACAGCCGAUGCAAAGAUAAUCCCCGCUGUGAAUCAGGUGGAGAUGCACCCAGGAUGCCUACAGCCGAGGCUUCUUGACGUUUGCAAACAAAUGGGUAUCAAGGUCAUGGGAUUUGCUGCUCUAGGGAGGCCUAAGCACUCUCAGGAAUUCACCUCGAUCGCAGUCAUCGACAGCCCCAUCCUCAAAGAAAUUGCUGAGAAGCAUGGAAAAUCAGUCGCUCAGGUCGCGUUGAGGUGGAGUUUGGAUCACGGUGUAGGUGUUGUGGUCAAGAGCUCAAAUCCUUCCAGAAUGGCGCAAAACUUGAACGUCUUCGGUUGGAAUUUAGAUGAAGAAGACCAUAAAAAAAUCGCCACCAUGCCUCGAUUCAGAUUACAAGAUGGGAAGAUUUGGAUCAAUCAAACUACAAGUCCUUACAGGUCACACCAGGAAAUCUACGAUUGCUGGUCGGAUUGAACAAGAAAACAGGAUCAUGAAGAGUGUUCAACUGGUAAAUAUGCAGACUAUUGUGGGUUUUCUUCUGAAGGAGUGCAGCUCGCAGAUGACUCAUUUUUUCAAUCUGAAUCAUAAAGCGGCGUUUUGUACUGAGAGAAGUCCGAAACUCCAGCAAGCUACCACUGUGGAUGUGAGCCUUAGUAAGGAGCUCCAGGUCGAAUGUUACAUGCAAGACGCUAGUAAAGAAACCGAUCGAACAUGUGAAGAGCUUCUCGACUGAAGAUUUCUCGUUCGAGGUUGGUUUCUGUCGUCUCAUGUUGCUCUAAAGACCUCGUUUGCAAUAUAAGUGAAUCUGGAUCUGCUCACUUCUUUGGUUUACAGUUCAAUUUAU